AUCUCCAAUUAGCUGAAACACUCCUGUCCCUGCGGUUGAUUGUCACUUCUCUUUUCCUGACCGAUGUGAAAAACAAAAAGUGAACGCCAUAGCCUAUCUUAAACCCACCCACCAAAACAUUAAAAAACAUACCCACUAGAAGAACCAUACACCUACAGACGAAGCCAGACGGAAGAUAGCAGCCACCAGAGCUACAAGUUUCACAAACUGCACGCACAGUGAGAGAGCGCUGAUAGAGUUAAAUAUGGUCAAGCUGUUUGCAUUGAGUGUCUUCUUCAAAGGUGCCAGCGAAGCGCGUAUACUAAAGACAGCAUCCGACUUGCAGUCCUUCUCGUUUUUCCAACGUGGCACCGUCAAUGAAUUUAUGACCUUCGCAUCGAAAACGAUUGUGGAACGCACACAGCCAUCGCUUCGGCAAUCUGUCAAGCAGGAUGCCUACAUGUGUCAUGUCUAUGUGCGGGCCGAUAACCUGGCGGGAGUGCUCAUUGCCGAUCAUGAGUAUCCGCACCGAGUUGCUCACACACUUAUUACAAAGAUACUCGACGACUUCACGGCGAAAGUAUCCGCCGACCAGUGGCCCAACGGUACGGAGGCCACCAUAUCGUUCGACGUACUGCCAGCUUUUUUGGCCAAAUAUCAGAAUCCCGUAGAGGCCGAUCCACUCACGAAAAUGCAAAAUGACUUGGACGAGACAACAAUAAUAUUGAAGAACACAAUUGGGGCUGUACUGGAGAGGGGCGAGAAGCUGGACGACAUGGUCAGCAAAUCGGAAAAGUUGUCCAUACAGAGCAAGGCCUUCUACAAGACAGCGAAAAAGACGAAUUCGUGCUGCAGCUUCACCUAAGCUCCCCUACACACACAUCUCAUUCCUCCUCUGACUUACACAGAAUCAGGAAUAACAGAAAUAGGAGUCACUUGAAGUAUAACACCAGCAAAAUCACCAAUUAAUAAUAAUACUGAAAAUGGAGGCGUUUCUAUGGUUUUUAUAAAAUAAUUAUUAGUUAAUUUCAUAUUCAUAUAUGAACAUAUGUGUAUGUGUGUACUAUUUACGACUACUAUAUACUACAUUAAUGAAUACGAACCUGUCCUGGCGGUCAUGUGCCCUGCCCCUCUCCUCACCCCCGUUCUAAUAAACAUAUGUACGAUGUAUAAUCAAUCGUAUGGCUAUUUGGGGCAUCGAUUGUUCUCGUCUUGUCUGUAUGUACAUAUGUAUGUUUAUGCUAUGAAUUUAAAAAUAUGAUGUUAAUUAUACCAAUACAAAUUAUGAUCUAAAUCUA